AUGGAGCCUGGAACGACGCUGGUCAACUGGCAGCAGGCCUUCGAAGGCUACCGCAUCCCGCAAACUCGGGCAAUUGAAAAGCAACUGCGGACAAGCGCUGCACAAAACAAAGAGAAACUCAGGACACUGGUUGGUGGCAGCUAUCGGGAGCUCCUCGCAACCGCCCAGGCCAUUGUUGUCCUCGACGAACAGACGAGGUCCGCAGAGGAUCACCUGACAUCCAUCGGUCAUCAUUGCAGACCGCCUCAGCUAGAUGCAAACCACAGACCACCACCAGCCGACCAAGUGGCACUCGCGCAGUACCGGCUCUUACAACGAUGCUGUUCGACCAUUGGCCUGUGUCUACGAGACCAGAAAUUGCUACCGUCCGCACGACUCAUAGUCGUGUCGAGGCUCUUGUUGAAAUCCCUCCACGACCGAGAAGCCACCACUAGAUGCCUUAACUUCCUGCGUGGCAAGCUCACCAGCCUACGGCGGCAGCUUCUGCUUCGGGUGGAAUCCAACUUGACCAACCCCACGUCAAAAUUACCGGAUCUGCUGGAGUCAAUCUGUUCGUACUGCCUGGUUACGAGUAGCUCUGCGGAGGAUACCCUGGCUCACCUCCGUCAGCUAAGACUCGAUAAGAUUCGCCGGCGACUCACGGCCUCGAAACAGCCGUCGACGAUCCGUGAGGUUCUUCGCUAUCAAUUGACAUCCUUGCAAUCAUUCAGGAGUCUCAUUGGGCUUCCCGUCAUUGAGGCGAUGAACGACCUGCAGAAAAGACCUAUUUUAGAAGAUCCGAGCAUUCGAAACCUCGAAUCCCUCGACAUUGACCGGAUUGCAUCGCUGAUCCCGGAUGAUAUUCGAUCGUUUGUCCCCUACUUCAAGAGAAGUGCGCCCACUUCAGAAGCAUUGCAAUAUAAAUUCGAAAGCUGGUCACAAGACGCUUGUCGGGUACUUUCCGAUGCUUUGCGCCAGUGCCUCUCAGAAAUGAGCCACGUGAGCGAGGUGCUCGAGUUGCGGAAGCGGCUCUACACCCUUUUAUUACCGUCUUACUUCUCAACGCCUGCGGGGUCCUAUAUCAAAGAACAGAUAGCGCAGGCGAUUAAUGAGAAAGUCGGCGUCGUAUGUCAAAUGCAAGGAGCACAGUUAGACCAGAGCACGAACUUGCUGCUUCAACAAGAAGCACGUGGCAAGCCGGCCCAGCUGCUGUGGGACGAGGACAUAGCGCUAGCAGGUCUCGACGUGGGGGGCAACAAACUUGUCAGGCAAGUGCGAAAGCGUCAUGCAGGCCACAAUGGGGCCCUAUCGAAAGCUUCGAAGACUCUGGCUCGAUGGUUAUCUGCGGCAAACGCGACUCUGAGACAGCUUGACGCGACCUCGCAGACAAGGUGGCGAGACAUCCUUGAGGAGCCUGAUUACGACAAUGAAGAUGAGGCCGUCGAUCUGAUCCAAGAGCUCGGUGAGACAGAUCCGAAAGUCUACAAGGAAACUUUGGAGACAUCCCUCCGAGAAGCUGUUCUUAGGCACGAGUCGUGCAUCGCAGAAACUGCUGCUCAAAUCCUGGAUCAAAAGAGCGACAUAUCCCACGCUGUGGCCGCAUUGCGCUCCAUUCGACUUUCGAUAUCAUCUCUGAAGCACGUCUCUCCGGAGAAUACCAAGUUUGAGAGGUUUCGAGACGUCCUUCCGAGAUUGCAGCAAACGCUUGCCAACGAGGUAGUGGAACAGCUUUCAAAGAAAGUACGAAGUGGCGAUAGAGCCGGAAAAUGGGAUGCAACCAUCUUGCCAGAUAACAUGCCUUCCCCUCAAGCCUUUUCGACCUUGCGUCAUCUGUGCAGGAUAAUGUUGGAUCUCGGCGGCACAGACCUGUGGUCCCCUCCACUGAUUGCGUUGGUCAAGGAGGCUGUCAGAGCGAGGAUAUUCGAUCCUGAAGUUAGGUCCGGCUAUAUGCACAACCAAUUCGACGAAGUAUACCUAGGCAUUGCUCUGGACCGUGCUCACGCUGAGCUUACUCAGGAUAUAUUGAACAGGAAGGAGCUCGUCAAGUCUGUGUCUGAAUAUUGGACGAGGACGAAACUCUUGUUCGGCGUGCUCGCCUGA